GGAACAAGGUGUUUUGGUAAAGGAACAAUCCUAACAUGAGUCCACUCACUGGGACGCGCUAGUUGACUCUGGAUCCAAACAGCGGUGUCUGCCCACUGUGUUGUGAAGACGGAAGUGAUAGGAGGACUUCCCUCUGGCAAAUAAUUAAUUCCUUUUUGGUAACAGUUAAAGGAAUACACCGUCGCCUGCCCAGACAUGACUACUGCGUACAGAAACAGAAUACAGGAAUUCAAAGUAGCCUUGAGUGAAGAAAACAUAAACUUGAAGACACUGAGGGAGCUGUGCUUCAAUGGAAUCCCAUUUGAAGGAGGCAUACGAGCGCUUUGCUGGAAAAUCCUUCUUAAUUAUCUGCCCCUCGACCAGACGUUAUGGGAGUCUUUCCUCAAAAAGCAGAGGGAGGUGUACUCCCAGUUCCUAAAAGAAAUGAUCAUCCAGCCUGGUAUUGCCAAAGCCAACUUGGGCCUUUUCAGAGAAGAUGUGACUAUGGAGGACCAUCCUCUAAAUCCAAACCCAGACAGCAGGUGGAAUAACUAUUUCAAAGAUAAUGAAAUUCUACUACAAAUUGACAAGGAUGUAAGGCGGCUGUACCCAGACAUGGCGUUCUUCCAGCGUCCUACAGAUUACCCUUGCCAACUUAUCUUGGACCCUCAGAAUGAUUAUGAGACGCUGCGUCGACGAGUCGAACAAACCACGCUGAAAGCACAAACUGUAAACCGCAACCGCAGUGGAGUCACCAAUGUCAGCUCCCCUGGAAAGGCAUUUAACUUGUAUCCAUCUAACGAAUAUGAAGUGCUGCCCAAUGGGAGUGAAGCACACUGGGAGGUGGUGGAGCGAAUCCUCUUCAUCUAUGCCAAACUCAACCCUGGGAUUGCCUACGUACAGGGCAUGAAUGAGAUCGUUGGGCCAAUUUACUACACCUUUGCCACGGACCCCAACAGCCAGUGGAAAGAGCACGCUGAAGCGGAUACAUUCUUCUGUUUCACCAACCUGAUGUCGGAGAACAGAGACAACUUCAUCAAGAGCCUGGAUGACUCUCAGUGCGGCAUCACAUACAAGAUGGAGAGUGUGUACUCCAUGCUCAAAGACAAAGACCUGGAGCUCUAUUUAAAGCUGGAAGAGCAGAACAUCAAACCGCAGUAUUUCACAUUCCGCUGGCUGACCUUGUUGUUAUCUCAGGAGUUCCUCCUGCCAGACGUCAUCCGCAUCUGGGACACCCUGUUUUCUGACCAGGACAGAUUCCACUUCCUCAUCCUGGUCUGCUGCGCCAUGCUCAUACUCAUCCGAGAUAACUUACUGGCAGGAGACUUCACAGUCAACAUGAGAUCACUGCAGGAUUACCCUAUCUCAGAUGUCCACACCAUCCUGAUCAAGGCCAAAGAUCUGCAGGACAACUCCUAACCUGUUCACUUUUUUUCCUCCUGCCUUUUCUGCUCAGAUGUGGUAGGUGAGAGUUUAAACAUUACAAAAACAUUGUCACGUCAAACAUGUACCGUGGAAGGACUUGAUCAAUGAAGAGCUUGGACAGAAAACCCCAGCAUACUGCUUUUUACUCAAUGUCUGAUGAUUGCUCAGUGGGGGACUGCCGUGAUACCUUUUGAGGAAUGCUGAAACUAUUACUUUCUUGAAGCAAAGAGAAGAUGCCACUUGCUUUUUGAGGCAUUAUGGGAAAAGGCUACCUCGGUACAUGGUCGUCCUCCUCCUCUCACAGCCAUCUCUCCCAAGGAGACUUGUUGUGUUCAGAUAAUGAUGAUUGCACUGAACAUCUGAGGGAGAGGAAGCCACAUAAGUCCUACACUACAGAUCUUAGUUUAUCAUGAAAACAUACCAGACAUGUUUAACAACAGAGCCAAGGAUUCAGAUGGAGCAAAUGUUUAAUUGGGUGGAGCAAAAGCGCAUGUUUGUUUCAUUAAGAAUUUUUUUUUUUUAAUUAUUUUUAGAAGUUGGCCGUUUUUAAUGUAAGAAACUUGUAUGCCUUAUCUGUUUUUAAUUAUGUGAAACAGGAGACAGUAUUUCUGGGUACAUUUUCAGUUUGGAUAAAAUAAAUCAGAAGUGAUGGGCCUGGCCUAUUGAAUAUUUUAUUAUUAACAUUAUGUCUCAACACAAUGCCUUUUGUCCCAUUGGAAAUGUAAUGUGAUGGAUUUCCUUGUAAAGUCAUAUUACUUUGACAGAACAAAGUACAAUUUCAAAGAACCAUCGGAAGAGAUUGUUGCUUUUCACACUGAACAUUAUUUGCUGAGCUUUUUCUCUAACCUGGGGUUACAAGUAUCUCUAUAGUAUCUUCAUUACAAUACUUUGUACCAAGGCCAUGGUGAAUCAUUCAUCAUGAUUGACCAUAGGUACACUAUUUUCAUAUAAUGCAUGGCAUAGUAGCACCAUCUCUAUUCAUAAGUUUAACUCCUAGUUGGAAGGCUGCUGGUUUCUGCUGUUCCUAACCUACAGUAAUUAGGCUCAGUAUUGUUUGAAAUGCAGCAAAUAUUAAUGAAAUACGAUGCGGUACCAACAGGGUCCAAAAUUAGCACCAUCUACUAGCUAUAAUAAUUCAACUUUAU